CCAGCCAUAGAGGUGAGUAGACGUGUGUGUGCCACUGCUCUCUCAUAUUCAGGGGGGCCAAUUGGGAGCCUGACGUGCAUACAAGCUGGACCAAUCAGGUGCAAAAUAAACACAAGCAUUAAAUAGGUUAAUUGUGGCCUUAUAGAACAAACUGUGAUAUUUUUGUUUUGGAAAUAAGUGAAGAAACAUUAUCUUGAAAAUUAAUAUAAGAAGGAUCAGGAGGCGACCUUGACUCCAGUGUAAAGGUGUUUUAAGGGAGACUCAACUAAAAACCACAACAUCACGAGACCAAAAUGAAAAUCCUACUAUUAUUGGUGGUGACGGCAGUGCUAACGAAGGAGAGUUUGGCGCAGGGAGUGCCUAGUGAGAGGUACAAUCUUUCAGACGAGGAGAUAAUACCAGUCGCCGCCCCAUCACUCGUACAACCCCUAACGUCAGAUGGACUUCCACAGACAACAAACACCCAAUCAUCACCGUUACCAGUACCCCAAGAGAAAGAGUGUCCAGAAAUCUGUACCUUUGAAUACCUUCCUGUGUGUGGUAGCAAUGGGGUCACGUAUAGCAAUGAGUGUUCCUUUACUCAGGCCGCUUGUAAUGACCCCACACUCACACUCCUCCAUGUUGGCGCGUGUGUAACCUCUCUCGAACCCCUACCUCCCAUCCCGACUCAAGGUGGCGGUGAAGGGGGAAGAUCACCGUGUAAAAAACUAUGUAUCCGUAUUUUUGCUCCCGUGUGUGGAACAGACGGAAAGAUUUACAGCAAUGAGUGUGUGCUUAACUCGUUCUCCUGUAUGUCUCAAGAAAAAGGAGGAGCAGCCAUUAGAUCUACUUCUACCCUUAGUGCCUGUGAGAGCCAGCUAUUAGAUCACCCUGAUGUUGACUCUAUUGUGGAAGGAUCCGUUGCUACUGAUGUUGGCAGUUCUGGGCCUUCUGUUCACGCCGUUGAAGUUCCCGUUGACAUCGUUGAUUCGCCUCCCAUUGUCCCGAGUUCUUCGUGUCCGACUCUGUGUCCCAAAAUCAUCAUCCCCGUGUGUGGUAGCGACGGUGUCACCCACAGCAACCCGUGUGUUCUGCAGUAUGCCAACUGUAGGAGUGUUGAGGCAGGAGGCAGUGGUGUGAGUCUCGUCCAUAACGCCCCCUGUGAUGACCUGACAACUGCUCUACCACCACCAACCACACCAAUGACUGAUACGACUGACCUAAGGGGCGCCUCGGGAUCGUCAACAUGUACCAACAACUGCCCCAAACAACUGCUGCCCAUUUGUGGUUCAGACGGGAAGACGUAUCGUAACAAAUGUGAAUUGAAAUAUGCUGACUGUCUCGGCAAACAGCAUGGAGGUGGAGGAGUAUCUAAACAACACAGAGGCCCGUGUAUUAGUGGGAGAGUUGGAAACCCCCAACAGGAGGUAACAGAUCGAACAGCAGUGGUUCAAGGUUCAGGUGGAACAGAGUCUGGACCUGUUGCAGCUGGGGAACCCGUUGAUCCUGCUGGCUCCAUUGGUCAGACUCCUGUUGUUAAUGCUCCCGUUGGCACUGUUGAUUCACCUCCUGUUGUUGCUGGUUCCUCGUGUCGACCGGAAUGUACCAAAAUUUACUUGCCUGUGUGUGGCAGUGAUGGUGUUACCUACAAUAACAUGUGUCUCCUGGAGUAUGCGGGCUGUACGAGUCUAGAGGCGGGAGGUAGCGGUGUUACUCUCGUCCAAAAUUCCUCCUGUGAACAUGCAAGUGUCCCUGUUAUAGAAAUCCCCGUUAGUACCGCUACCGUUAAUUCACCUCCCGUUACUGAGGCCCCCAUUGACCCCAUUGCUGAGAUCCCCGUCGACACCAUUGCUGAAGUACCCGUUGACACCAUUGCUGAAGUACCCGUUGACACCAUUGCUGAAGUACCCGUUGACACCAUUGCUGAAGUACCCGUUGACACCAUUGCUGAAGUACCCGUUGACACCAUUGCUGAAGUACCCGUUGACACCAUUGCUGAAGUACCCGUUGACACCAUUGCUGAAAUCCCCGUCGACACCAUUGCUGAAGUACCCGUUGACACCAUUGCUGAAGUACCCGUUGACACAGUUGCUCCACCUCCCGUUGCUCCGGCUUCCUCUUGUCCACUCCUGUGCAUCAGAAUCUUCAUCCCAGUGUGUGGUAGCGACGGUGUCUCCUAUGAAAACCCGUGUCUCUUGGAACUCGCUGACUGUAAGAGUCGAGAAGCGGGAGGGAGUGGGGUUACUGUCGUCCAAGAGGGCCCCUGUGGACAGUCGGCAAUUGAAGAAGCAGCACCUAUCACCCCCCAAGUCAUCCCACUUGCGAAGACGUCCCCAUGCCCUACUAACUGCACCAGGGUCUUGGCUCCUGUGUGUGGUAGCGACGGCGUCACCUACAGCAAUAUCUGUCUCCUGAAGGUGCGGGAUUGUCUAGAUCAGGAAGCAGGAGGGAGUGGUGUGCAGGUUGUGUCCGCUAGUUCUUGUGACCCCAAAGCGGAGGAAAAGAAGAAACGAGAUACCAUCAAGGCUUCAUCGUGCCGACAAGACUGCAAGGAGAUUUAUGACCCCGUGUGUGGUAACGACGGGAAGACCUACGAUAACGAGUGCUUGUUAGAUAUGGCUAACUGUAGGAAGUGGGAAGCGAAAGAACCCGGUGUUUACAUUGUGGAUGAUGGUAUUUGUGGACAGCCAGAAGCGCGUGAAAUCGACUCCUUGAGACCAGCAGCACAACAGAUCAGCGUCCAAUCUGUCUCAACACCCGUCCAAUCCCUCUCAGCACCCGUCCAAUCCCUCCCAGCACCUGUCCAAUCCCCACUAUUGACAUCCCUAGGUGUUUCGACUCGUAGUUCCUCCACCUCCUCCUGCUCAGAGAUCUGUACGCUGGAGUAUGACCCAAUAUGUGGCUCUGAUAACCUCACGUAUAACAGCCAGUGCCAUCUAAAGAGUGCCAAUUGCCGGAAGAGGUCCUUGGGUGGUGUAGGAGUCACUAUGGCUUUCCAAGGUCCCUGUGUUGCAGCCCUCCCCCAAGGUCCAGUGUGUAACCAGCUCUGUGACAAGAGCUUGAAAUACGUGUGUGGUAGCGACGGGGAAACAUACAAUAACCCUUGUCUUCUGGCCCAUGCUAAUUGUCUCAACCCAUUCGCGUCCAUUACUGUAGCUAGUGAAGGCCGCUGUGGUAGGGUCUCCCGUCGCUCUCUCAGACACGUCAAACUCAACAGAAGAGGAAUCUAGCCUGGACGAGGAGGAGAGACUGGAGGCUCCUCAAGGGGACUACCUCCCUCCUCUUUAAGUGGGGAGAGGAAGAUGGAGGAGGGGAGGAUAUUUUUCCAUGCCCCCCCCCCAUGUAUAGGUCAAUGAGGAAGAUUUACCCUAUUUCAGUACGUUAGGGGAGAGAGGGAGUUAUUUGUCUUGCCCUUAUCUUAGCGCCUAAUAGGGGCAAGAGACUGUAUCUAAUGAGUGAGGGAAGGAUUUGUUAUUUAAUGGCACCAGGAGAGAGUUUGUGUUCUUGCCCUCUCUUGGUAACGUUAAGGGAAGGAAGGUCAUCUCUCUUGCUCUUAUUUUAGCUCUAAAAGGGGCAAGAGGCUCUAUUUUGAAGAGCAGUAGAUGGAUAUCGUCUAACUUGCCCUCGUUUCAAAUGGGCAAGAGGUAAUUAUUUGUCCUAAACGCAUUAUAUUGCCCCCAACAAACAAGACUUGCCCCCUCCUAUACACCUCCAUAUAUUAAUUAGUUAAAUCUUCCCAUAAUUAUUUACACACGAAAGCGCUGAUAAGAUUAUACAGUAUAUGAGUUUGUCCUGCAUUAUAUAAUCAUCCCAGACACUACAUUAUAUAAUUGAGACAUUAAUAUAUCCUAUACGGCUCAGAAACAUCCAAUUAAAACUCGUUAAAAGAGGGUAAAUAAUUAUUAUUGAUUCUUAUUCAGUUACCCCUGUGACUCAAGAUCAGCAGCGUAUAUUUAUAUUCUUUAGAAAUAGACUUAGUUGCUGUUGUAGGUCACCGAUUACAGUUCUUUGUUUUUUAAUCUAUAUAUUUUUACUUCUUAUUUUAUCUUGCUAAAGUUCCCAUUAAUUUUACUCUAAAGGUUAAGAAGAAUUUUGAAUUGUUUAUACGAAAGUACAGCCUUAAUUUGACGAAGAAUGAAGAUAUUAUUGAUUAUUAUUAUUGCGUUUUUGUGCUUAAUUUGGUUUUAAAGUAUUUUUUUAAGUCUUAAGUUACCCAUACAAAAACCCGGCAGGUUCCAAAUACAUUUUACACAUACAGCUUGGCUUUAUACCGAUAAACAAUAAAAACACCUGUAUAUUUUCUUCAAACAAAUCAUUUCUUCCUACAAAAAUAAAAAGAUUAAUUAAAUUACUGAAUAAAUAUAAAUAAAUAUAUAUAUAAUGACAAAUAAAUUUACUUGAAAGAUGGCAAUACUAUUUUACCUUCAGCUAUCAAAGAAAACGUUAAAACUCUGUUAGGUUAAUGGGAAACUCUUUCAUUUUUCCCCUCCACACGUUUAUGCAUUUUGCUGGUGUUUUUCUUUACCUGUGAUGGACGAUAUUGAAUUAUUUUAUAGAUGAGAUCUGUUGUCCUGUGAAUAAAGAUGAUAAAUGAA